UCUCAGUGGAAUUAAAUCCCUCUCCUCUAUUAAAUCGCGAUCCGCACGGAGGGCUUGCCGGAGGUAGGAGGAGGUGUGGGGGGGGUGGGGGGAUAUCAGGGUGCCAUGGAGCGGCCUUGGCGUGUCUGCAGAGCCGCGAUCGCGCACGACACGCUCGCCGCCGUUCGUGGAGUUGUCAAGUGUUCCAGCAGCAGCAGCAGAUGAUGGUGAUGAUGGUGGUGAUGAUGAUGAUGGUGAUGAUGAUGAUGCCGCCGUCUCACUCCUCCGGAGCCAGCAUGCCUCCCCCCACCCCCUUCACUCUUUUUUUUUUUUUGCCUUGUAAAAACAAAUAUGACGUGUUCCAGAUGUUUGGAGAUCAAUAGGCAGGCAGGAAGGCUCGAUGGACGGACCCCCUCCUUCCUUCCGAACUUCCUUCCUUCCUUCGCCUCCGUCCUUUGCUGUCCCCUCCUCCCCACACGCGAGGUGAUGCAGGGAGCACGACGACCACCUGCAUCAAUUACCUACCCCAGGCACCCCAGGGUGAGCCAAAAGUUUAAAAGACAAUGGAGGUGCAAAUUGAACCGCAGGAUGAAGAUCUCACAUUUGGCACCACGGAUACCAAUGGUAAGCGUCCAGCAGAGGACAUGGAUGAAGAGCACGCCUUCAAGCGCUCGCGCAACGCCGACGAGAUGUUAGAACUCCGUGUGCUGCUCCAGAGCAAAAACGCCGGCGCCGUUAUCGGAAAGGGUGGCAAGAACAUAAAAGCGCUGCGCACUGACUACAAUGCCAGUGUAUCAGUCCCAGACAGCAGUGGCCCAGAGCGGAUCCUGAGCGUGAGCGCCAACAUCGACACCAUCGGAGACAUUCUGCUGAAGAUCAUACCCACCUUAGAGGAGUACCAGCAUUAUAGCGGCAUCGACUUUGACUGCGAGCUCCGCCUGUUGAUCCAUCAGAGCUUGGCGGGUGGCAUCAUCGGCGUGAAAGGCAGCAAGAUUAAGGAGCUCCGAGAGAAUACCCUGACGACCAUCAAGCUGUUCCAGGACUGUUGUCCGCAUUCUACAGACAGAGUUGUCUCUGUGGGCGGGAAGCCGGAACGAGUCGUGGAAUGCAUCAAAGUCAUCCUAGAGUUGGUAGCUGAGGCGCCAAUCAAAGGCCGUUCCCAGCCUUACGACCCCAACUUCUAUGACGAAACGUACGACUACGGCGGCUUCACCGUCAUGUUUGAGGAGCGUGGCCGGCGGCCCGGCGGCAGCUUCCCUGUCCGGGUGCGAGGCGGCUUCGACCGCCUGCCGCCCGCACGCAGCAGCCGCCCGCCGCUUCCCUCUCGCCGGGAUUACGACGACCUGAGCCCCCGCCGUGGCCCGCCACCGCCGCUGAGCCGGGGACGCGUGGGAAGCCGUGCGCGCAACCUGCCACUCCCACCGCCGCCGCCGCGAGGAAGUGAUCGAUUCUCCCAUGGCAGUUAUCAUGACGACAGACCAAGUGACAGAAGAAGUCGCGGAGGAGAGCGCUACGACAGCAUGAGUGGAGGCGGUUAUGACAACAAUUCCUGGGAUCACUUUAAUUCUGGUGGCCGAGGCUCGUACAGCGACAUCGGAGGGCCCGUCAUCACAACACAGGUCACCAUCCCCAAAGAUCUCGCUGGCUCCAUCAUUGGCAAGGGAGGCCAAAGGAUCAAGCAGAUCCGCCAUGAGUCCGGGGCAUCCAUCAAGAUCGACGAGCCGCUGGAGGGCUCGGAGGACCGCAUUAUUACCAUCAUUGGAACGCAAGACCAGAUCCAGAAUGCACAGUACCUACUGCAGAACAGCGUGAAGCAGUAUUCCGGUCGAUUCUUCUAAAACGGAGACGAGUGAAGCCAUGCCCUUUGUGUACUGUUUGUUCCAGUGCCGACAUUCCUCUGUCGUGGAUGGAUCAAUUCUAUCGUAUCCAAAAAAAGCUACUGGAAAAUUCCCCCCCAAAAAAAAGCAGUCCCAAAUGUAUUUCUGUGCCAGUGUUGAUUAUUUUCAAGGACAUGAUGUCAUUAAAUAAUUGUUUUACUUCGGUGUUUGGAUUGCCGUGGAGCAUGCAGGUUUUUUUUGUUGUUGUUUGUUUUUAAAUGAAGUUUCACACGCUCAAUUUUUCUGUCCAACGGAAUGAGCAGCAUUUAGCUUAGCAUUAUUGACAGAGCUGCCUCGCGUCUUCUAUUUGUUCCCAACUUCAAAGCUGAAAUGGUGAACUGUGAAUGUUUUCUUCAGAAGCUUGCAGUUGUCCAUGUCUUUAGCUCACGAUUUCAUGUACACGUCUUCAUAUAACAAGAAAAAGAUGUCACGCAAUUGCUUUGAAGUUUGAUGAAUGUUUGAUAGUUUUAAAGAGAUUUCUACAUUUCUUCUUUUCAAAGAAGGCGAGACGCUGUAUAAAUUGUGUAUAUAAUCAUAUCCGUUUUUUUCCUCUCUCGCCAAAUGAAUGCUUUGAUAUGUCGUUCUUUUGUUUAUUUUGUAAGUGUUCAUUGUGUUUUUGCAUUAUUCAUUUUGGUGGUUUAUAGCCAUUUGUAAAUCAUUCAGAAUUGUCACGCUUUCUGUGUAUCUGUGAUUGGUAUCUCGCAGGUAAUUGCCAAAUAAAGUUGGGUUUUUUUCAGGCAUCACUUUUGCUGACUUCUAUGGUAGUGCAGUAAUUGGAGGAAAAAAAAACUUUGGGUGGCAAGUGAUUAGAUUUGUACCCCUCUCUCUCUGAAUAAAGUGUCUUGUUUUUUUAAAUUCUCUCAUUCUCUCC